UCAAACUACAAAUACAAAACCGAAAGAAGAAGAACCGAAUCCACCAGUUGACUAGUUUAGAAGAGUUUAGCUCAACUCUGGUAGCCGAGUAAACAAAACCCCUUGAUCUCAAAACCCAUAAUUUUGAAGAAAAAAAGACAUGGGUUCAUCUCAACAAGUUCCUCCUGCAACUAGAAAGAAGAGAGAACUUGAAAAUAAUAUCCAAGACUCCAACUUUUUCAAAAUGAGAGCUAUUUGUAAAGAUCUUCGUCCCCAUUUCAUUCAGGUCUUACGGACUCCUGAUUUCCACAAUUGCGAGGCUGCCUCUGAAAUUCAAGAAAAACUCAAGGUUAUGAUGGAUCUCUACAAAGAAAUGACAUCAAAUACUAAUACUUCAGAAAAGUGCAAGAAUGUCCCUCAAACCCCACCUUUGUCAGAAGAAGACAAUGAAAGAGCUAAAUCAACCGGGGGUUGCAUGAAACCACCAGAAGAUAAAUCAGGCUUUUCAGGAAACAUAUCUGAAAAUCAAAAAACAGAAGCAGGGAAGCUGCGGGGUACAUAUGUUGUUGGAGGAUCAGCCUUUGGUUGGAAUUUUAUUACUUUUCUUAGCACAAAAGUUGUCUACUACGGUAGAACAAAGGAGGCUUUCCGCUUGCAAAAUCCUGUGUCCAAGUGAAGGCCACAAGUAUGAAAUAGCGGAUCAUCUCCCCGCUUAGAAUAUUGUAUCAAUUUAAUGUGUAAUGAUGGUAGUACUCUCAGAUUAAACUCAGUUUUUCAGGAAAAAUUGAUUCAGGUACUUGUCUCAGUGUUUACUAGUAGUCUUAACUCUUGAUGUUGUCCUUUUAGCUAUUAAAUUAAAAAGUUGUAUUUUUUACCUAUGUAAAACAGUUGGUAGAUUUAAACAUUCUUCCAACUUUCAUUGCUGAGCAGAAUGUUUUGAGUCAGUUAUGUAAAUCCUUAAUCGGUUUUUCUAUA